UGCAGUGCUGGUGAUUUGUGUGGGUCGUGUAGUUGUGUGCGGUGUUCUCCAUUGUUCACUGUGGUGUGGACAGAACGAUUCAUGCCGGCGUGGACAGAGUGAGGCCGUGGCUGAGUGGUUGGUUGUGACGGUUUUGCUGACGGCGCAAUGCCGGACAGUGUGCGGUACAACAUCAAGUACUUGGUAUCCAAUCUAGAUGUGUCACUGAUCUUGGAAGACCUGCUGGAGAACGAUGUCCUCAGUGAGGAGGAAUACGUUACUGCCUCAGGCAAGGAAAACGAGAAGUGGGAUCAUUCCAAGUAUGUGGUGAGGCUGAUGCUAACGAAAACGGAGGAACAGGUGGAUACGUUCCUGAAUUUGAUUCAACACAGCCAGCCUCAUGUAGCGGAGCAUAUUGCCAGUACCAUGGCGAACCGACGCAAAGCAACUGCCAGUGGGAAAACUGACCGUCCAACGAAGCCAAUGUCGGCAGAUCGUGAGUCAACACGUGACCCGUCCUCCGACAAUCCGUUUGACCUGGAAAGGUUUGUGUGUGACAUUCAACCAUGGUUGAACACAGUUGACGCAGAUCGACUGCGACGGAUGGUGAUCAAGAAACAUCUCAUAACUGACAGCGCAUCAAUAGAGGGACUGAAGAGAAUUCUGUCCCGGGAUGGACUAUCUGAUCAUAAUGAGGCGCUCAUCCAGUUGCUCAGAGCUGGUGGCCUAAAGACUUAUCGUGAUCUCUGUGUUGUCAUUGAGGAACUUGGUUAUGCGGACAAGAGCAAGGAAAUGCUCUCCAUUUUGUCCCACACAGACAAUCCGUUUGACCUGGAAAGGUUUGUGUGUGACAUUCAACCAUGGUUGAACACAGUUGACGCAGAUCGACUGCGACGGAUGGUGAUCAAGAAACAUCUCAUAACUGACAGCGCAUCAAUAGAGGGACUGAAGAGAAUUCUGUCCCGGGAUGGACCAUCUGAUCAUAAUGAGAAGCUCAUCCAGUUGCUCAAAGCUGGUGGCCUAAACACGUAUCGUGAUCUUUGUGUUGUCAUUGAGGAACUUGGGUAUGCGGACAAGAGCAAGGAAAUGCUCUCCAUUUUGUCCCUCACAGCUCUGCCAACACUACCAGGAAACUGGGAAGAGCGUCUUGAUAAGCAGGGUAGAACAUACUUUGUGGAUCACGCGUCCAAAACCACCACAAGGACCAGACCACUACCUUUGCCCACUGGCUGGGAAGAGCGUCUUGAUAAGCAGGGUAGAACAUACUUUGUGGAUCAUGCGUCAGAAACCACCACAAGGACCAGACCACUACCUUCGCCCACUGAGGCUAGCUGAGCUUAUGAAGGUCUCUAUUGGAUAGUGUUUAGCAGUUGAGAUUGGUGAACUUGACCAGCACUGGACAAGGAUCAUUUCCAGCAGCUACUGCAGUAAGAGAUACUCCAACAGCACACUACCUGUCAUUGAUCACAACACUGUGACAUCACUUGUAUAGACAUGAUGUAUACAGAUUGUCUAUGACACACACAGUGUUGUGUUAGUAUGUAGAUAUAAUGAUCAACUGAACUACAUGUACUGUCUAGUCCAGUCUACUGUGGUAUCAGUUUAACUGAAUGUGUUCAUGUCUACUCUCACCUACUGUUUUUACACUAGUCACUGUACAGAAUAGUUACCGCUAUGUCAGUUAAACCUGCAAAACUCUACUCUACACAUGUUUAUACUGCAAUGUAUAUUGCCAUAGCAGUGUCAGCAUCUGCGCAGCUCCUUCAACACCAUUUCCAAUUGUGGCCGGCUUUUCAGUAGACCACAGGACCUAUCCUGCCUGAACAUGGCAAUGUGUCCAAGGUCCAAUGGGUUUGUGUGUACGUACGUACACGCGUGCGCACGUGUUUGUGUGCGUUUGUUUGUGUAUGUAUUAUGUGUCUGUACGAGUACUGUAGUUGGUGUAUUUUUACUAAGACAGUACAAUACUCACUAUUCAUAUUUCCAGCUCCUUCACCAUAACAAUGAGAGCCAGGCAAGUAUAGAAGAGCGCAUGCUCCAGUGGUUCUCUAGUGCUGUGCUGCUCUCCUUCUCACUCUUGGCUACUCUCUUGUGUAAAUACUUCGUCCGUAUAAUUAUUCAAUACUACAAAA